AUGACUACCAGACCCAACCCGAAAGACUCGAUGAAGUCGACCUGGCGCGUCGGCAAUCGAGACGAAUGGAACAUCAACCACUGGGCCCUUGAGAUUCUCAAUGCCCAUCCCAUCGCCCUAGACCAAGAGGUCCCGGUGCACAGCAAAGACGAGAAAGUGCCCUUCAUGCCGCAAUGGUCCCUGCACCGCUGGGUGCUCUUCUACUCGGCCCUCCCACUCCUCCUGCACCAGCUCUACAUGUCCUACACCGGCAAGACCCUCGGCCCUUUCGCCGUCUUCAACCUUUACUUCUUCGCCUUCAACGCCACCGUGCUCUACCAGGUCCAAGUCCUGCGCCGUCUCGGCCACAUCCACGGCUUCCUCGACGGCGACCAGCACGAACGAGACGGUGUCCCAGACGUAGGAGUCAGCAAGGUGGUCACCUCGCUGUACAAAACCACCGGCUCUCGCAUCCUCCUCGCCAUCUACCUCACCUACACCCGCACCCAGCUCCCCAGCCAACUCACCUGGACGUGGCUCCCGCUCCAAAUCGGCCUGUAUGGCAUCAUCCUCGACUUCUGGUUCUACUGGUACCACCGCGUGAUGCACGACGUCAACAGUCUCUGGAAAUUCCACCGCACGCACCACCUCACCAAGCAUCCCAACCCGCUCCUCGCCGCCUACGCCGACCACGAACAGGAGUUCUUCGAUAUGGUCGGCGUCCCUCUCCUCACGUACCUCUCGUUCCGUCUCUUCGGCCUCCCGCUGGGUUUCUACGAGUGGUGGAUCUGUCACCAGUACGUCGCUUUCGCGGAGGUCUUUGGCCAUAGUGGCUUGCGGCUGCAUUUGACGGUGCCUUCGACGCUGAGUUGGCUGCUGCAGGCUCUGGACUGUGAGAUCGUCAUCGAAGACCAUGAUUUGCAUCAUCGGAAGGGCUGGCGUAAAAGCUAUAACUACGGGAAGCAGACGAGGCUCUGGGAUCGGGUGUUUGGGACUUGUCAUGAGCGGAUUGAGUCGGUGGUGGGGAAUGUCGAUUAUGAGAAUCCGGCCAUGAUGCCGCUUUUUUGA